AUGAGUUUGUUUGAAUGGGUGUUUGGGAAGAGUGUUACGCCGCAAGAAAGGCUAAAAAAAAAUCAAAGAGCUUUAGAAAGGACCCAAAGAGAGCUCGAAAGGGAAAAGAGGAAGCUAGAGCUGCAAGACAAAAAGCUUGUAUCAGAAAUCAAAAAAUCCGCAAAGAAUGGGCAAGUUACAGCUGCAAAAGUUCAAGCAAAAGACUUAGUGAGAACCAGAAAUUACAUUCAAAAGUUUGAUAACAUGAAAGCUCAGCUUCAAGCCAUAUCAUUGAGAAUUCAGGCUGUUCGAAGUAGUGACCAGAUGACCCGUUCUAUGAGCGAGGCAACUGGCCUUUUGGCUGGAAUGAACAGAUCAAUGAAUCUACCUCAAUUACAAAGGAUAUCAAUGGAAUUUGAAAAGCAAAAUGAGCUCAUGGGUCAAAGGCAGGAAUUCAUGGAUGAAGCUAUCGAUAAUGUCAUGGGCGAUGAGGUAGAUGAAGAUGAAGAAGCAGACGAGAUUGUAAAUAAAGUUUUGGAUGAGAUUGGAGUAGAUUUGAAUUCGCAGUUGCAAAGUACGCCUCAAAAUUUGGUUUCCAACGCACCAGUAGCAGAAACGACUGUAGGAGUUGCCGAACCUAUAGGGGCCGGAUCAGAAUCUCACGGCAAUCCUGACGAUGACUUACAAGCUCGGUUGAAUACUUUAAAAAAACAGACAUAG